AUGGUGUGGGCUCUCCUCAUUCGCAUGCUCCUGAGUUUGCUGCAAGAAGUUCAAACACGAUCGCAUUCUCUGCAGUAUUUCUACAUGGCUGUAUCUGAGCCAAGCCCAGGAAUGCCUGCAUUUGCCGCCUCUGGCUUUGUGGAUGACCAACCCUUCAUCUACUAUGACAGCAUGAAGACGAAGGCAAUUCCUCUUGCUCCGUGGUUAAAGGAGAAUUCAGAUUACUUUGAUGAUGAGACCGAAAUCUUCGUAAGUCGGAAGAAGAUUUUCCACUUAAAUCUGAGAAAUGUGCAGGAAUACUACAACCAAACCUCAGAGCACAGCUUGAACAAAGAGAACUCACAGAAGCCAGCAGGGCCCCACACCCUUCAAUUCAGCUAUGGCUGUGAGCUUCAAGAUGACAACAGGACCACAGGGCACUGGCAGUACGGCUAUGAUGGUAGCGACUACCUGAGUUUGAACAUGGACACUCUGCAGUACACGGCCAUCUCAUUUAUCGCCCGUUACACCAAGCAUAAGUGGGAGGCCAACAGGAAUUCCAUACAGAGAGACAAGAACUAUUUGGAGAAUGAAUGUAUCCAGUGGCUGCAGAGAUAUUUGAAGGAUGGAUGGGAGAACCUGACCCGUACUGAGACCCCCCAUACACAAGUGACCCACCACCCCAGCCCUAAUGGGAAGGUCACUCUGAGGUGCUGGGCCCGGGGCUUCUACCCUGCGGAGAUCACACUGACCUGGCGGCAGGAUGGGGAGGACCGGACCCAGGACACGGAGCUCAUAGAGACUAGACCUGCAGGAGAUGGGACCUUCCAGAAGUGGGCGGCCAUCGUGGUGCUCUCUGGGGAGGAGCAGAGAUAUACGUGCCAUGUGCAGCAUGAGGGGCUGUCUGAGCCCCUCACUCUUAGAUGGGAGCCAAUGUCCAAGUUGCCCAUCCCUGUCUACUCUGUUGUGGAGGGGGUGGGAACGAUUCUUGAGGACAUGAUAGCUUACACAAAUUAG